AGAAGUGUUUCGGAAGUGGAUACGGCAGCGGGGCAGCGACGGAUUGGAAGAAAAGGGUGGAGGGAAGAGAGGCGCCGAGAGAAGCUCGGGCAAUGACACAUCCCCGGGGCUGGCAGCGCCGCGCAGUUGUGCCACAUCUACUUUGAGUCCAGCGGGAGUCCGGCGGCGGUGGGACGCAGCCGGAGCCGCGGGCGGAGCGGCGUUCACGGUGACUUGUCUGUUCAGACUGUUGUAGCUCCAGGGAAAACGGCGGCGGGGAGGUUUGUCUGGCAGUGCGGAUCUGCGUGUGGGUAGGCGACGAGGACCAGCAGGGGCCAUGCAUCAGGGGUGAGGGGGACUCACCGCGGGGCACACACACAGCGUCGCACGAGGAGGGGGCCGGUCAGCGUGGAGAUGAAGCUCAAACAGCGCAUGGUGGUGCUGUGUGCCGUGCUCCUCCUGCUGGGCCUGGCCAAGAUCUUCCUGCUGGAUGGAGGUGAAGGUUCUGCGGCCAGCCGACGGGACCUCAGAGCGUUUCGCAAGAUGGAAGCCGGUCUCACUCUGUCUCGGGGAGCUCGACUCACACACACCCUCCAGUCUCCAUGGGAAAUAGCAAGCCAGUGGGUGGGUCCUCGAGAGGUGUACCCCGAGGAGACGCCAGAGCUGGCUGCUGUGCUCACGGCCCUCAGCACUGCCCGGAUAGAGCGGGCAGACGUGGGCUACAAGGGCACACAGCUUAAAGCUCUGCUUGUUCUGGAAGGAGGACAGAAAGUGGUCUUCAAACCCAAGAGAUACAAGAGGGACUACGUGAUUGAAGGGGAGCCAUAUGCAGGCUAUGACAGGCACAAUGCAGAGGUGGCGGCUUUCCACCUCGACAGGAUCCUCGGCUUUAGGAGAGCACCUCUGGUAGUUGGUCGAUACGUCAACCUGCGAACAGAGAUCAAACCUGUGGCUACUGACCAGCUGCUCAGCACGUUCCUCACACACAACAAUAAUACGUGUUUCUACGGGAAGUGCUACUACUGUCGGGAGAGCGAGCCGGCGUGCGCCGAGGGAGAAAUCAUGGAGGGGUCCUUAACUCUUUGGCUGCCCGACGUCUGGCCCUUGCAGAAGCACAGACACCCGUGGGGACGAACAUACAGAGAAGGAAAACUGGCCAGGUGGGAAUAUGACGAAAGCUACUGUGAGGCGGUGAAGAAAAUGUCCCCGUAUGACGCCGGGCCGAGGCUGCUGGACGUGAUCGACACGGCCAUCUUCGAUUAUCUCAUCGGGAACGCGGACCGGCACCACUAUGAGAGUUUCCAGGACGACGGAGGAGCCAGCAUGCUCAUCCUGCUCGACAACGCAAAGAGCUUCGGGAAUGCGGCUCUGGAUGAGAGAAGCAUCCUCGCGCCUCUCUAUCAGUGCUGCAUGGUUCGCGUUUCCACCUGGAACAGACUGAACCUGCUGAGGGGCGGAGCGCUGAGCUCCGCCAUGCGCCAGGCCCUGGCGUUCGAUCCCAUCCACCCGGCUCUGGCCGAGCCGCACCUGGCGGCUCUGGAUCGCCGUCUGUCCGGAGUCAUAGCGACUGUGAAGCAAUGCAUGGAGGCGCAGGGUCCGGACAACACGCUCAUAGAGGACCGAAUGAACCUCCCUCAUCCUUAAACACACAAGCCAGAGAGGACAGAACAGCCAGGACUUCACCUCCCGAGCCUGAGCAGCCAGAUGAUCCCUGGUGAGGAAGGAGGCGCGCAGCGAGCACACGAGUCGGCGGGUGGAGCGUAAGCGCCUCAGUAUGUGUCGGUCCAUUGCCCCGCUUUUUUGUUUUUGACUCAUUAGGAGUCGUCCUCCAAGGAAUCACUGCGUUGGAAAUGCGUCAUCUUCAACCACACGAACUUCGUCUCAGGAUUGUUGUGCACUACAGGACAGGAUCUACUGUAAAAA